AUGGAGGACGAGAUCGGCCAGGACUCCAGCGUGCAAUACAUGAACCUCUCCGACGACGAAGCCAUGCAUUACCGGAUCCCUGCUAGCAUUGAAGACCAAGACUACAGUGGCAUUGAGACAACACCCAUCGUUCUUUGCCAUCAGCAUGGUGUGGCGGCUGAGAGGCGUGUAGCAUUUGAAGCAUUUAACAUGGGCAGGAGGUUCUUAGUCUGUCCUAAGAAUGAAGAUGACGACUGUGGUAUUGUUCUCUGGGUUGAUCCAGAGUGGCCUCCUACAUUGCAGAAUGCCUUGUUGAAGUUAUGGGAAAUGUACCAUGACAGCAAGAGUGAUAGGAGGAAGGAUAACCUGGAGAGUUCACUCACUAUUCACCAUUUGACAGAAGAAAAUAAUAAUCUAGAGGCCAACUAUGACAAAUUGGUUGAAGAUGUGCACCAACUGUUCAAUGCUCAAGAGGAUAGGAUGGUAGAUUUCAGCUAUUUGCAGGCUAAGAUGCAGAAUGUGCAGGUUUCUGAGACAGUUGUACCUGACAUGAAGACAGAGAUGGGGAAGAAAGAUGCAGAGAUCUUCAAGCUGCAGGAGAAGUAUAAAGUACUGAUGAACAUCACAAAAUCUCAAGGCACUGCCAUCCAGAACCUGAAGUUCAAUCAUCUAAAAGAGAAGGAAGUGCUUAGUACAUCCACCAGGAACCUGCAUUUCCAGGUUGAUGAACUCAAAAAAUCUGAGGAAAAGCUCACCCAGGAGAACACCCAGCUGCUCCUUCACAUGGGUGAUCUCAAGAAGGGGCAUGACAAGCUCACCGCAAGGAGGGAUCAGCUAAAGAUUCAGAUUGCUGAACUGUUGAAGUCAGAGGAGAAGAACAAGCAGAAAUUGAAGGGGAUCCUGGACAUCUUGUCAGAAUGA